AUGUCAUCUGCAAGGAAGAACAAUUUACUGGUCAAAAACACAGGCAUGAGUCUGAAUGACAGGUUCACACAAAUACAAAAAAAAUCCAAAUCGGUUGUGGACGAURAACUUGUGAGGAAACACCGUAUGCUCUCAUUUAAUAUGGAGCGUAGACCUGAAGUAGCAGCUUCAUUGUUAUUGAAUCAAGAGUUUAUGAAUAGAGAUCGACUUCGAGUACCACUUCCGCCACCCUUGCCUCCUCCAAGACCUGAAAUCAACAAACAUAUGUAUAAUAGUAUUAUGCAUAAUAUGAUAAGACCAAUAGAUAGAUUAGGUGUUCCUGUUCAUGAGAGACUUUCUAUAGGAAGAGUUCCAGUAGUGGAAGAUAGAAGAAGAAUAAGGAGACGAAGAGGUCCUAAGACUAAAAUACGAAAAUCUGUUAAGUCCAAUUUAAACACAAAUGAAAAUAGCACAGGCAAUACUAAGAUUUCUAAAUCUAAAAAGCGUCAAAUUUCAAAACAGAGAGACCAGUUUCCUCGUAAAGAACAAGUAAUUUCUAAAGAAGAUUUAGACCAACAACUGGAUCAGUUUAUGUCGCACACUAAACAAAAACGAGAUGAAGAACUGAAUAGAGUCAUUCAACAACAUUCUUAACACAAUAUAGUAAAAUAUUUAUUAUUCAAUUAUUUGGUAAAAAAUAUUUCUAAGUACUGCCUUAUUUCAAGUUAUAAUUUCUGUUUUGUAAUAAACUUAAAUUUCUAUAAAACUGAUUUAAUUUAAAAACUAAAUUUGAUAGUUGUUAAACUUGAAGCUACAUUCAAUAUUUUCCUUAGUGUUUAAUUUUUCACAUAUAUUGACUGUCUAUUUGUAAUAAA